AUGACGAUCUCUGCAAAGGAAGAAAUUGUCCAGAUCACCCAAAUGCAGUGUGUCGCACCAGUAGCUGUGGCAGCUGUCAUCACGAAUGGCUGUUAUGAUGAUCAGGUACAAUACCGACAGGAAGGAGAGCGUUGGGGAAAUGAUAAAUGUGAAACAUGCAUCUGCCAGAAUGGAAUGGUAGACUGUCGCCCAUUGCAGUGUAAGCCAGUGUAUUGUCAACACCCAAUCAGACCACCACGAGAAUGUUGUGUCGACUGUGAGCGAGGAUGCACCUACAAAGGCAAGUUAUACCCUACUGGAUCGACAUUUGAUGACGCCCACGACCCCUGUGUUCACUGUAUUUGUGAUCGGGGCAACGUCACAUGCCGAGCAGAAACCUGCCCCCGUUUGCAGUCAUGCAAGAGUCCGUCCACCAGUCCAGGCAGUUGUUGUCCAGUCUGUAUGGACUGUGGAAACCGAGUGAACGGUUCUGAAUGGAACCCAACGCCAUGUCAGAAAUGUGUCUGUGUGAAUGGUGCUGUCCACUGUGAAAAAGUGACCUGUCCUCGUCCAGAAUGUGAACACCCAUACACACCUGAAGGAAAGUGCUGUCCUGUCUGUGUGGCAUGUUUUUAUCAAGGAACAAUUUACCAAGAUGGAGAAGACUUUCGGCCUGAUUCAUGUACUUCGUGUCACUGUGUCCAUGGUAACGUGAACUGUGUGACAAUCGACUGUCCGGCCGCAACCUGCAGCAACCCCAUCAUACCACCUGGGAAGUGUUGUCCUGUGUGUAACAGUGACUGCGAGUAUGACAUGAGGAGGUAUGCACACAACUCCUUCUUCUCACCCGGCUACAACCCGUGUCUGAACUGCUCGUGCGUGAACACUUUGGUGCGCUGUCACUCUGUCCACUGUCCGCCGCGGAACCUGCCCUGUGAGAGACCCAUCCGACGGCUCGGAGAGUGCUGUCCUUCACACUGCCCCAAAUGUACUCACCAGGGUGUUGAGUAUGAUGAUGGUGAGACGUGGACACCACGGGGAAGCACGUGCCAGGUGUGUGGGUGUCGGGACGGACUGGUCACAUGUCGCACCAGCAAGACGUGCGCUCUCGAAUGUACUCACGGCGUGGUGCGCAGGGGACAGUGCUGCUCUCCUUGUACAGAUUGUCUGUAUGACAGUCGUAUAAUUGGUGAUGGGAAGAGCUUCAUCCGGGCGGGAACUCCCUGUCAGCAGUGUCGGUGUGUGGGAGGUAACAUCGAGUGUCACAUCGGUGGACCGUGUCCCAGGUUACUGUGUGCCGUUACCGAGAUGUCACCCGAUCACUGCUGUCCACAAUGCAAAGGUUGUGAUUAUAAAGGUCGACGCUUUCAGCAUGGAGAAAUGGUUUCCCAAGACAAGUGUUCCAGAUGUGUUUGUAAAGAAGGCCAGAUCUCCUGUUAUAAGGUCCCAUGUCCCACACUGCGCUGCAAUAACCCAGUCCCCGUGGAGGGCGAGUGUUGCCCGCAGUGUUCCACAUGUGACUAUUAUGGGCGGAACUAUGAUGAUGGCCAGCAGUUUGUGUCUGAGAGAGACCCAUGCCAGAUCUGUGUGUGUCGGAAAGGGCAGGUAACUUGUCAGAGCAGGGAGCAGAAUUGUCCCCCGACUUCGUGUACUCAUCCCGACCAGAUCCACGGACAGUGCUGUCGGCGCUGUGACAACUGCUACUACAACCGACGCCGGCUACGGAAUGGGCAGCAGUUCACACCUGGCAGUGACCUAUGCUUUACAUGCAAAUGCAAGGAUGGAUCCGUGAAGUGUGGUCGGAGGGAGUGUUCCGAGGUGAACUGUCUGAACCCGGUGACUCCACCGGGUCAGUGCUGCCCUGUCUGCAGUUCGUCGUGUGUGAUGGAUGGCCAGGAGUACCAGGAUGGAGAGAGGUUCCCCGACAUGCAGGACGACUGCUCCAUCUGUACCUGUAGUGGAGGUGAUGUGACCUGCCAGCCAAAGCUGUGUCCCAGGACGUUGUGUUCUCACCCGGCCAGACUUCCUGGAGACUGUUGUUCAAACUGUGACUUCUGUCUGCACGACCGGAGGAUAUUCCGCAACAUGCAACACUUCAUUCACCCCAGUGAUGUCUGUCAGGAGUGCGUGUGCAAUAGUGGUUCAUUAGUGUGCAGUGCAGUGAACUGCCCAUCCUUGCCCUGUAGUCAGCCGAUGCCCAUGCCUGGGUCGUGCUGCCCUGUGUGUCCCAAGCGCUGUACAUACGGUGGUCUGUCGUACGAGGAUGGACAGACGUUUAAGAGCCCACGGGACAAGUGUGAGAAGUGUCUGUGUCUGCAGGGCAGAGUCCAGUGCAAGAAAAUGAAGUGUCCAGUCUCUGUUUGUACCCAUCCUGUAGAGCAAAACUGCUGUCAGAUUUGUGUCGACUGCUUCUACAAGAAUCGUCUUUGGAAAAAUGGCAUCAAGUUUCAGGAUCCACAAGACUCCUGCAGCAAGUGUCGCUGCCAGAACGGCAACAUCUGGUGUGAGAGCGUCAAAUGUCCUCCAAUCUCGUGCCGUAAUCCUGUCACCACUGACUGCUGUCCUGUGUGUACGAAGUGCGAGUACGAGGGUCGCCAGUAUAACAACGGGCAGAGAUUCUCCCUUGGAAAUGAAUGCAGAACCUGUACGUGCAUAGAUGGGACUGUAGAGUGCAGGAGCAGUGUGUGUGCAGUUCCAUCUUGUGAACAUCCGAUAGAUGGAGAGUGUUGCAAGGAGUGCAGUGACUGUCAGUACCUCAACAGACGCUACAGCAACCGACAGCGCUUCACCAACCCCAGAAACAAGUGUGAGGAUUGUGUGUGUAGAGACGGGACGGUGAGGUGUUCUAAGAAACCGUGUCCCACAGUUACGUGUCAGAAUCCAAGUCAAGGAGAAUGCUGUCCGGUGUGUUCGGACUGUCAGUAUCAAGGCCGGACUGUCAGGAACGGACUGAGAAUCCCACACGAGUCCGACCCGUGUAAAGAAUGCAUGUGUCGGAGGGGAAAUCUAGACUGCUUCCAGAGACAAUGUCUGAACACGAUUUGUCGUAACCCUGUAAAAAGGAGAUGCUGUCUGGAGUGUUCUGCGUGUCUGUACCAUGACAGGGAGUAUGACAAUAGAGAAAGGUUCCCAGAUCCUACUGACAAAUGUCACAUCUGCCAGUGUGUUGAUGGGAACGUAGCUUGUACAGCCAAGACUUGCCCCCAAGUACGCUGCACCAAUCCAGUCCAAGGCGCCUGUUGUCUGGAAUGCUCCAAGUGUCUGUAUCAGAACAGUGUGUAUGUGGAUGGACAAGACUUCCCCCACGAAACAGAUCCCUGUCAGACCUGCUCCUGUCAGAACGGGAAUGUCGUCUGCAGCAAGAAACACUGUCCCAGUGUCAUCUGCUCACACCCAGUUCAAGGUCGUUGCUGCUCAGAGUGUGGUGGUGAUUGCCAUUUUGAAAGAAGACUGUAUAAAAAUGGGGAGAAGUUUCAGAAAGACUGUAAAGUGUGUACCUGCUUGGAUGGGGACAUGAGGUGCUAUCCAAAAUACUGUCCCAAGGUUCUGUGUUCAAAUCCUUCCGUUGAAGACUGCUGUCCCGUGUGUGGGGAUUGCAUGUUUGAAGACCGUCACUUCAGGAAUGGGCAAACGUUUCCCGAUGUCAAAGAUCCAUGCAGUGAAUGUGUCUGUAGGAAUGGCACGUUUCAGUGUAGCAGGAAGCCGUGUCCAGAAGCCAUAUGUCAGAACCCAGCCCCUGGUCUGUGCUGCCCUGAAUGUCGGAACUGUGCUCUUCACGACAAGAUCCUGCCACAUGGUUACCGGUUCCCGGGAGAAAGCGACCCAUGUCAGACGUGUGUCUGUGAGGCUGGUACAAUCAGCUGUGAGAGGCAAAUCUGUGAUCCCCCGACGUGUGACAAUCCCGUUGUUGACAGCUGCGGUUGUUCUGCGUGUCGUCAGUGUGACUUUGAGGGUCGACGAUUCCAGAAUGGGGAAGAAUUCCCGCAUCCAACAGACAACUGUACAGUCUGUCGCUGUCGGGGUGGGAGUGUGAGCUGCUGGAACCAGCCGUGCGAGUCAUUGUGCACACACCCUGCAACAGUCGAUGGUUGCUGUCCUCAAUGUCGGGAUUGUCUCUACGAAGGCAAGCGCCGUCUGCAGGGAACGACCUUCACCUCUGAUGUUGACCCAUGUCAGAGCUGUGCUUGUCAGGCUGGUAACAUCAGCUGUCAAACACUGCGGUGUCCUCGAGUCCGAUGUAUGAAUCCCAUCAAGAAGCCAAGAGAGUGUUGUCCAUCAUGUCCUGUUUGCCAGUUCCUAGGCCAGACAUAUGCAGACAACAGUCGAUUUGAACACCCCUCAGACAUGUGUCAGACUUGCAGUUGUAAGACAGGUCGAGUGAAGUGUGAGAAAACACCAUGCGUGGUGCAGUGCUCUCACCCGAGACAAGACCUGUGCUGCCCCAAGUGUGAUGACUGUUUCUACCUCGGACAGCUUCGUCAGGACGGGGAGACAUUCCUGCCUGAUCCUUGCAAUCGGUGUACAUGUCGGUCAGGGAAUGUGGUCUGUGAAGAACAGACAUGUCCACAACUGACAUGCUUGCUGAAGGAGAAGGUUCCGGGGGAGUGCUGUGAGCGUUGCCAUGGUUGCGAGUUCCGUGGUGUCCAGUACGAGACUGACGCCAUGUGGAUACUGGAUGAGAACCCAUGCAUCUCGUGCAAGUGUCAUGGUGGGCUCGUCACCUGCAUGGAGGUGGAGUGCUACGUGCCGUGUACGAACCCAGUCAGUGUGCCAGGACAGUGCUGUCCAGUCUGUCCCACCUGUAAUUUUGAUGGUAAAAGGUAUAAAGAUGGAGAGGUGUUCAGCCCGAAUGGAGAUCCUUGCGACUACUGCACCUGUGAGGAUGGCCAUCUGAGGUGUGUACAUGAGGCGUGUCCCAGUGUGGCUAACUGUCCCCCGGAACAGCUUGUUGAUCCAGCACCUGGCGAGUGCUGUCCAUCAUGUGCAGGGUUUGGAACGACGUGUACGAGAACCGAGCUGGGGCGGAGAACCAGACCGAGACCUGAAGACCCUUGUUUCUUCUGUGAAUGUAAAGAUGACUUCAACUGGAUCUGUAUGAAGGAGUUGUGCAAACCUCUCAGCUGUCCACCGACUGUGCAGAUCUUCACACGCGGAAAGUGCUGUCCUAAAUGUCCACCUUGCCUGUCCACGACGGAUGGGCAAUACCACAAGGAAGGUGACACGUGGUUGGCUGCCGAUAACCCCUGUAUGUCAUGUCAGUGUCAGAACAAAGCUAUUUCCUGCCAUCUUCAGCAGUGUGCGGCAGUCCAGUGCUCGGAUUCUGAGAUACUCGUCAAGACAGAAGACGGCUGCUGUGAGACGUGUCAAGCUGUUCCUGAUGCCGUCUGCCUCUACCAAGGGAGAGAAUUUGAGCCAGGCACAGAGUGGACAAUUGAUGAAUGCACACGUUGCAAGUGUAUUGCUGGUAAAGUGAAGUGUGCAAUCAAACGAUGCCCGCCAAACAAAUGUGGACCUGAUGAAGUACCAUCCAUUGCUCCAGGAAACUGCUGUCCUAUCUGUCUCAAGCAACCGGGCACUUGCAUUGUUUUUGGUGAUCCUCACUACCGGACAUUUGACGGCACAACACUUCACUUCCAGGGACUGUGUAAAUAUGUAAUGGCAGCUGACUGUGAAAAUGAUGAGUUCUCUGUUGAGGUGCAGCAUGAUGACCGUGGAGCAGUUGGUGAGGUGUCUUGGGCUCAAAAUUUUACUGUGUCCAUUGCAGGCAUCACCAUAGAUCUACUACAGCAACAUGUAGUCAGGGUUAAUAGCCAGGUUGUGGAGCUGCCAUUUUUACUUGACCCCCAUGUGUACAUUGAGCUCAGUGGAAACACAACUCUGCUCAGUACCGACAUCGGAAUCAAGCUUUCUUGGAAUGGAAACAGCUAUGCAGAACUCAGUGUUCCUGGCAGCUACAAACGUAAAACGUGCGGACUGUGUGGCAACUUCAACGGCUUUCCGCAGGACGACCUCAGAACAAAGUUCGGACAAAUAACCAACUCACCAGCUGUCUUUGGAAACAGCUGGAAAGCUAAGACUCAGUAUAAGGAAGACUGCAGUGAUGUUAAAGAUGUUGACCCGUGUGUGAAGGCUGGAUACCGCACCAGAAAGAUGGCCACCAGCAAAUGUGCCAUCAUCAAGAGUAAAACAUUUGCUCGCUGUCACCGACUGGUAUCUCCUGAGUCAUUCUUUUCGUCGUGUGUGUACGACAUGUGUGCUUGUGCAGACGACCCCAACUGUCUCUGUGAUAUCCUGGCUUCCUACGCUCAUGAAUGUGCCAAGGCCAAGGUCAAAGUGCAAUGGAGGACUGCCAACCUCUGUGCUAUUGGCUGUGAUGAAGAGAAAGGCUUCAUGUUUGACGACUGCGGUCCGGUGUGCGCGCGGACAUGUGAGAACCGACACGUGUCUCAGGGCAACAUGACCGAGAACUGCUACAAGCCAUGUGUUGCCAGCUGCCAGUGUGCCGCCGAUAAAGUGCUUCACAACGGGAGAUGUAUACCAGCUAGCGAGUGUCCCGACGUCCACACUGUCACUGAUGAUAGUUUGUAGUGCGUCAUCGGUGAUGACUACAACCGUUAUUCUAAAUGUGUGCAGUUGUCAUAGUAACACAAAAUUGCUACUGGACUUAAAACAUGAGUGAUACAAAAACAUGAAAGAAGAACUGUAUAUUGUCAGAUAAAGAUGACUGUAAAAGAUUUUCAAUUCAUUGAACUAUUAAGGGGUGUUUAUUUCAAAUCUCACCUAUUGUUAUAUUCAUCAACAUUUGCAUAAUCUAAUUAAUUGACCUAUUGAGUAUUAACUGUCAUCUAUAAGUAUUAUUAGAUGACAAAUAAUUUAAAUAUUUGCAUAAUCCAAGUCAUUGAGCUAGUAAGAAGUGUCAUAUUUAAGUCUGACUUAUUGAUAAAUAAUGUAAAUAUUUGCACAGCUCAUUGACCUAUUUGAGUUUUUAAUUCUGAAUUGAAAGUUAAGUCAAGAUAAUGUCAUAUAACAUUACAAUGUAAUAACUAUACUGUUUUGAUAUCCCUUGCAGACGUUUUGUUAUAUUUCAACAUUUGUGUCUUGAAUGUGGUAAACCAAUGUAUGUUAUAUGUAACACUUUGUCCAAGAAAGUGCCUUUACUUUUGGACAAGUUUAGCAAGUUUUAUAAUUACAAAAUGUGGUUAGACAUAUCAGUUACGAAAUCCAGAAGCAUGUUUUUCAUAUGUAUUAAAAUACAUGCAUCUUUUAAUACUUAUUUAUGAAUGUAUUUAUUUUUUAGCAUGGAUCUUUUUGUUAAAUGUGUCUCUUUAAUGAAACAGGUUUAAUAUUAAAAGCUGUAUUGUUUCUUAACUGCAUGUUAACUGAUUUCGUUAGGUCUUGUAUAUAAAUGUAUGAGAUGGUGGAGCUCAGAGUUGGGGUGGAGUGGGGUGUGGUGGGAUGUGUGAAGGUUCAGCUACUUCCCUGAGUUUUGAGAGUUCUGGAAAUCUCAAUUUUUGGAUAGUCAAUGAUCUGAAAUGUUUGGAUUUCACAAGUAACAUAUUUUGGUCACUGUUAAUAUUUAUAAUUUUAUUAGCAAUAUAUUAAAAUAUACUGACAUCCAAAAGAAACUAUACAAAGAAAAAUUUAUUUAAUUUCCUUUAUAAUUGAAUAAUGGAAAUAAAAUUGUGGUUAAGUAUGUUUCUGCUUUUAUGGAAUGAAAUUUUGUUUCCAACAUGCCAAAACACCACUCUCAUGAAUAUUAUAUGUUUUAAACAUGCAACAUAUUUAGUGGGGGUUUUCAGUAGUCUAUCAGAGUAUUGAACCUCGGUAUAUAUUUCUGGCAGACAAAAGCACUCUUUCCCCCUUCCCCAGUGCUAAGAAAUCCUGUAUGCCUAUGGUUUGUGCACAAUAAUUCCAAAACCCUGCCAUUUUAUGUUGUGUACUAUCAUUUCAUUAGUAUAUAAAAUCAAAAGAAGUAAAGUUUGUUUUAUUUAACGAUGCCACUAGAGCACGUUGAUUUUGUUUAGCUGAAAGAAGUCUAAAAUGAAAAAGAAGUCAUUCUUAUUCUACAAACCAUUUCUACUUUGCAGGGUUUAGCAAAUCCACUAGCCAUCAGUCCCGGCAUGUGAAUAUUUGGUCAGGGCUAUUGGAAAUUAUCAACUGUAUUAUAGGGUCUCUAGGAGUACUAGAAUACAUGGGCACGGGCCAUUCACAGGACUCGAGUACCCAUGCAAGGAAGAGCCAAUUUGCCAUAUGCUUGCCACCAUUUAGCCCACAUUAUAGGGCUAUGAAACAUGGAUGGAAAACAAAAGUUGAAUGUGUGGAAUACAAUACAAUGGCAUGAUUUGGCAUCCAUGUUCAGCGCUGGAAUUCAGUUGCAUAGUGUUCUAUUUUACCUUAAUCUAGUAAAAGUGUCGGGUACUCAUGGAGGCCCUAUUGCAUUACUAUAUUACAUAUAGCACAAGCCAAAAUUUCUGUGAGGGCAAGUGACUUUCUCAAACAUUUGUCAAACACUGGUUGGCAAAUACAAAAACUAUUUUUGACUGCAAUAUCUGCAAGUUUAAUUGUUGUUGUACCUCACUUUUGUGACUAGACAAGAUAAUAUAACAGUAACCUCCAAGAGGUCAAAGCUGAAUAUAAAUACAUGUAUAUGCUCAAGUGUUGUCUACUUAGUCAUCCAUAUACCAUCAAUACAUGUAGCAUCACAUUGCAAUAGAGAUGCUUAUCUACAUUUCAUCUCAUUUUGAAGUUCACAGUCAUUGUUAGCAAUCAAAAUAAAAUAUCUAUGCUUGUUGUAAAUUGAUGUUUUGCAGAAUUAAUUAUAGCACUUUUAUAAAACUCUAAUCCGACAUGAUUAUUCAUCCGUCCAUCAUGCACGCUGAAGUAUUAGAACAUAUUACUUACAAGUUGCAGGUAUUUCUACAAUUUUUUGUUAAUAGAUGGUGGUAUAUCCAUUAAGGAUUAAAUUUGCCAUUCAUCUCAGUUGCAUUUUACUCACCAUUAUAAUAAUAUGAGACUACUUGCUCAACUGAUGUGAAACAGAAAUGGUCAUGAGCUUUAUGUGAUUGCUCAGCCGAUGUGAAACUGAAAUGGUCAUGACCUUUAUGUGAUUGCUCAGCUGAUGCCAAACAGAAAUGGUCAUGACUGUUAUGUGAUUGCUCAGCUGAUGCGAAACGGAAAUGGUCGUGACCGUUAUGUGAUUGCUCAGCUGAUGCGAAACAGAAAUGGUCGUGACCGUUAUGUGAUUGCUCAGCUGAUGUGAAACAGAAAUGGUCAUGACUGUUAUGUGAUUGCUCAGCUGAUGUGAAACAGAACUGGUCAUGACCGUUAUGUGAUUGCUCAGCUGAUGCGAAACAGAAAUGGUCGUGACCUUUAUGUGAUUGCUCAGCUGAUGUGAAACAGAAAUGGUCAUGACUGUUAUAUGAUUGCUCAGCUGAUGCAAACAUAAAUGAAAUGGUCAUGACCGUUAUGUGAUUGCUCAGCCGAUGUGAAACAGAAAUGGUCAUGAGCUUUAUGCGAUUGCUCAGCCGAUGCGAAACGGAAAUGGUCAUGACCUUUAUGUGAUUGCUCAGCUGAUGCAAAACAGAAAUGGUCAUGACCGUUAUGUGAUUGCUCAGCCGAUGCGAAACGGAAAUGGUCAUGACCGUUAUGUGAUUGCUCAGCUGAUGCGAAACGGAAAUGGUCAUGACCUUUAUGAUUGCUCAGCUGAUGCGAAACGGAAAUGGUCAUGACCGUUAUGUGAUUGCUCAGCUGAUGUAAAACAGAAAUGGUUAUGACAAUUAUGUGAUUGCUCAGCUGAUGCAAAACAGAACUGAAAUGGUCAUGACCUUUAUGUGAUUGCUCAGCUGAUGCAAAACAGAAAUGAAAUGGUCAUGACCUUUAUGUGAUUGCUCAGCUGAUACAAAACAAAAAUGGUCAUGACCUUUAUGUGAUUGCUCAGCUGAUGCGAAACGGAAAUGGUCAUGACCUUUAUGUGAUUGCUCAGCUGAUGCGAAACGGAAAUGGUCAUGACCUUUAUGUGAUUGCUCAGCUGAUGCAAAACAGAAAUGGUCAUGACCGUUAUGUGAUUGCUCAGCCGAUGCGAAACGGAAAUGGUCAUGACCGUUAUGUGAUUGCUCAGCUGAUGCGAAACGGAAAUGGUCAUGACCUUUAUGAUUGCUCAGCUGAUGCGAAACGGAAAUGGUCAUGACCGUUAUGUGAUUGCUCAGCUGAUGUAAAACAGAAAUGGUUAUGACAAUUAUGUGAUUGCUCAGCUGAUGCAAAACAGAACUGAAAUGGUCAUGACCUUUAUGUGAUUGCUCAGCUGAUGCAAAACAGAAAUGAAAUGGUCAUGACCUUUAUGUGAUUGCUCAGCUGAUACAAAACAAAAAUGGUCAUGACCUUUAUGUGAUUGCUCAGCUGAUGCGAAACAGAAAGUCAUGACCUUUAUGUGAUUGCUUACUGAUGUGAAACAGAAAUGGUCAUGACCUUUGUGAUUGCUCAGCUGAUGUAAAACAGAAAUGGUCAUAACCUUUAUGUGAUUGCUCACUGAUGGUUCAAGGUACUCUCCAUUCCGGAAAAAUAAUGGAGACUAGGCCUGCUAGAGCAGAAUCUGAUUAUUUUUUCAAGAAUGGAGUUACAAGGAUAUUCCUCCACUUAAAAUACACCAAUAAAUAAUUGCAUACAUAAGUACCGUAUAUGUUUUAUGACAUUUGCACACAUUUUGUGUGGCAGUCUAGUGAUCACAUGCAUUUGGACAUUACCGAUAGGUAUUGGACAGAAUUUUAAUAGUUUAGCAGUGCAUGUGUAUUUAACAAAACAAAAAAACUAAAUUAAAUUUUGCAAGAAAGCAUCACAUUAAAUUGGCAUUUAUCAUUGCCAAUCAGACCUUUAUCAUGGCCUUUUAAUCAAGCUAAAUUUAAUCACCCUUUUGUUGUUGGACUUCAUUGAUAGCUUAUAUUUUUAGAAGAUCACAAGAUCUAAGCAUGUAUUUGAAAUAAGUUUAAAGUGACGUUCUCAUGAUGCGAUUAUUGUUUCACCGACUUGUUGCAUGCGAUUUAUUGUAGUGACUCGAAUCGUGUGUGUGGGAAGACGUUAUGUCAUAAGAUUUAAUGACGUCAAACAAAACUCGUCAGUUUAAAAAUAUUUUGCCAGAAUUGUAAGAGCCUUCAAAUUUCCAGUGAAAUGAAGAAAACAUGACUAGACAAUUUACUGAUGGGAUUAUGUAACAAAACAAUUAUAGACCACAUCUGGGCAACAAUAGGUUUUAUGGACCCAUGAAAUCAGACAUUUUGACAUGUUUAUAAGCAACUGAAAAAACAUGGAAGUGACAUAACUAAACGGUUGUACUUUAAUGUGAUUUGAUUGGCUGAGAGCUUAGAUUUGUCUUGAGAAAUAAAACAUGUUCUAAUCGGUACGAUUCAGACACGAUUUGUUGUAUAAGACAUAAAGUUGUUCCGAUUUAGGUGUUCUCACGGUACGAUUCAGACACGAUUUGUCGUAUAAGACUAAAGUUGUUCCGAUUUAGGUGUUCUCACGGUACGAUUCCAUUGCAUGCGACCAGUUGGUACAACUAAUUGCAUCAUGAGAACGCCCCGUCAAUGAUCAUAGAUGGAUGUGUAAAUCUUGGGUAGGCCUAUUCACAUUAUGAAAUAGAAAUUGGUUCUAAACUCCUAACAGUCACAUUUGUUGUUGCAAUAACAUAAGACUGGAUGUCAACUUUUAGCUCAUUUACUCAUAAUAAAUGUUGGAAAAAGGUUGUAGCUUUAAACAUUUUAGUGUCAAAAUCUGUAUCAAUUUGCUUAUCAGAUCUGUAUUUAUUUGAAUUUCAUAGACUUGUAUACACAUUUUUUCCUCUUGCCAAAACCAUUUUCGUUUAUACAAUACUCAUACUUGCCUUGUUUAGAGGUUCUUGUUAAUUAAUUUUACGUCUUUUUUUUGUACACAUAUUCUCAGUCCAAUUUGUACACAAUGGUCGGUCUCUUUUAAAUAUGAAUAAAUAUUGUUUUGUGAA